GGGCGGGAGUCAUGAGCGAACUCCACGUGGCCAAACACGGAAAAGGAAAACGGCGCCUCCUCGUAUGCGGGCAGCAGGACGAAACCUCUCUCCCGCCGACCUGAAGGAGUCGCAGAACAAAGCCCAACCUGGCAUAGCGGCGGGAGAGAAUAGAAAAUUUUGAAGCUGAAUCAAGGCCGACCACGUUCCCGCCUGCAUCGUUCACGUUGUCUGUUGCUGUCGGGGGAAUCGGUCUCACGUUACAUACCACUGGGUUCAGUUUACAAGUGGACCAUCCCGCCAAUCACAGAUCUACUUUCUCUCUUCCCCCCUCGCUCCCUCACUCCCUCACUCCCUCCCCUUCUCACUCCCUUUCCCUCUCUCUUUUCCUCGACUCUGCUCGCCCAGGUGCCCCGCCGCCUGGGAAAUUGUGGUGGGUGGCUCUUAUCGAGGCAUCGGAGCGGCGAUUGCACGUCUGAGUAUUUCUGAAUGAAUGAUCGAUCAGUCCGCCAUCGAGAUUGACGAUUUACUGGUGUCGCUGAAACGAAAUUUUUAACCAUGGCGAACGAAGUUGAGGGUGCGUCCUCCGCUGUCGUUGCCGCGGCCGCCGCUUUCGUUAGCAGCAGCGGUGUCAUCGGUGGCAGCGGAUUGGGCUUGAGAGUAGAGGGCGAUCUUCUCGGCGGCGGGGGCGGCGGGGGCGGAGGUGUGGUCGCCGGAUUCGCGGGUGGGAGGGGGGGUGAUUUUCUCGAGACGGAGACAUCAAGUCAUACAAUGACGCCGGGGCUAAUUAAUCCGAAUCCGAAGAUUCACGAACGGAAAUCUCGCCAAGCAAGACCAGAAGCUUCUGAUGAAGAUUCUAUUGAUCGGUUCGACGCGUUUGAAGUGUUCGAGUAUGUGCGAGACAUUACAGACCCGGAGCAUCCAUAUUCAUUGGAGCAACUGGACGUGGUGAAGGAAGAUUCCAUAGAAGUGGAUGAUUGUGGCAACAAGGUGAUGGUUACCUUCACGCCGACCGUUCAACACUGUAGCAUGGCAACAGUUAUCGGAUUAUGCUUGAGGGUUAAGCUCAUGAGAUGUCUUCCACCUCGCUUCAAGAUCGAUAUCAAGGUUGCACCUGGGUCUCACGCCUCGGAGUUAGCUGUCAACAAGCAACUCAACGACAAGGAGAGGGUGGCUGCCGCACUGGAGAACCCGCAUCUUGUGGAGAUGGUGGAGAAAUGUCUCGCAUCAUCUGAAGAGUAGGGAACGGGCAAUGACACACGUAUGGAGUUUGGAUGGGGCCUCGAUUGCAGGGCACACCUUAUAACGCCUUUUUAGCUUUCAAGGGUGUGGCUCUGGAGGAGGAGGAUUAGAGAAAAGAAGGAUGGGCUCAUCGUCUCCGAUAGGGAGGGAUGCAAACUUCGGAGAGUUAAUUGAGUUCCAGGUUCUCCAAUGGAUUGUGCAGCAAUUAUGCCUACGUCCAUUUCGCUUUCAGACCUGGUUCACAGGUUCGACGUACCCAGUCGAGAAGGGUGGGCGUCGGGAGGAAGAAGAUUGACAAGGGGGUUGGGCUCGGGACGAAGAGGAUUGAAGAAGAAGCAUGAGGGGUCGUCAUCUCUAGCUUUUUUUUGGACAUCAAUUUUGCGCCCAUCGCAGUGCGCAAAGCCGCAUUUCACGCUCAUGCACUUGCCGCUCAACAAGUGCAUGCACUUGGUCGUGAAGGUUGGUAGACUCUCACUGGGGCUGCGCCCUUUGUGCUUCACAGUCAAAAAUGGUUCCCCCUCCUUCUCCUGCACACUGGAAUUUUUUUUUUUUUUUUUUUUUUUAGCUACUCGGUCACGUGCUUUCCUAUUGCCCCAUUUGUAUUGUCCCUUUUUUUCCUUCUCCACAUCUUCUGUGCCAUCCCACCUGCACGUCGAAGAGCCUUGCGAAGUCAAAGAUCCUGAUUCUGGUCUUGCAAAGUCAAAGAUCCUGAUCCUGGUCUUGCAAAGUCAAAGAUCCGAAUCUUGAUCAAAGUCAAAGAUCCGAAUCCUGACCAAAGUCAAAGAUCCGAAUCCUGACCAAAGUCAAAGAUCCGAAUCCUGACCUUGCAAAGUCACAGAUCCAGUCCUGGGUGAGCAGGAGGAGGAUCCUUACGCGUUGUGUGCGCUGGUGGUUGGGGGUCGCUUGUUCUGACAAUGUUUAAUGGUAGAGGUGGAGACUGGCAGUGGCAGAGAGUAAUAGUAGUAGUAGUAGGGUAGCAUUUUCAUUGCACGUAGAAGGUAGAGUAUUCUGCUUUCGGUAGUUGCGGUGUGUUGUUCAACGAGACACACAACGCAUUUGUAAAGCAGAUCGAUUUGUAUUUCCCUACUCAAAUAAGGAUUACGUCGUCACGACCAUCAAUCAGCUUUAUGUCAAGUCUGGAGCUUAUUCUUUGUGCAGUCUGCAGUGGAAUGUACUUGGUGGAAAUUUGAGCGCCGAACGUGCGUCCGGAUGUGCACUGUGGAUGGGUAGCAUAUUUCUGUCGGAUAACCAACUUCAAUAGGGAUCGUCUCUUCUGAAAGUGCAUCCGGAUUGACUGUGGAUGGGUAGAAUUGCUCUGUCUGAUAACCAACUCCACAAUAGGAAUGCUCUCUUCUGUGUAGCACGCGUGUGGGCAAAAAUCAAGGUACGAACUUAGAAAAGUACGGAUGCUGCGUUGCCCAUGUGUUGGAUCUAUGGAAAGAAGUUAGGUGUUGGUCAUGACAAAUGCCAGACACGAACUAUGGUGCGGUGCUCUCCUGUCUUGCCCUUAUGCUGUGUACAAUAAAUAGAUAGAGCGCAAUGGUGGUCUUCAGAUGAGCGAGGAGCCUUUGGCAUGGAAGCUGAAUUAAAGCUGUGGAAUUGGCGUCCAGUGUGAUUUCCAGAGCUGUGCAUUUUCAGUGAAUCACCUAUCAGCCAAGCAUGGAGCAGUUGGUGAGAGAAGGUGUUUUCUCUUAUCAGAGCUGCAUUCACAGAAGGCGGGAUGGUAAUAAACCAUCAGUGUACUUCCAAGGCACUUUUCUCUGAUGCUGGGAAAGCCCUGCGCACCGAGCUUUGUUGGCUAACCAGUGUGACAUCUUUUUUCUUCUUGUUUUUCCGUUUCUCUGGUUGGUUGUCGUUGUCAGGUAGGCCCGAAGCCUUGCUUAACGCGGUGUGUAUACGCCACCUUUCUGUUUUACUCCAGGAGGAGAGAGCCGCUCGCUGCGCUGGGAACUCUGGUCAAGGGUAUUCUCCUGCUCUGAGAAGUUCACGUCGCUGAUGAGUUGUGUCUUCUUCGUCGAUAGAUUAUGCAAAUUGUUGAAGUCCUUCUGAUGUCCAUCCAACAAUUUGCAUCUAUCAACAAUUCGCCAAUCAUAUUGGCGGCCGUAAGCCCGAGAGUCGAAACCCCGAGUUCUUCUCUGCCUGUUGUUCCCAGUGGCAUAAUGUGUUUUGCAGUUUUUGCUUACCCUGUUCGUUCGGCGACUCCGUCUGUACAUAAUACAGACCUGCAUUUAUAUCUCACUGGGAGAAAGAGAGAGGUUGUUGCAAUCAGACACA